AUGGCCUGUAUCGAUAUAAACGAGGAAUUGAUCAAACAGGAGCAUAACUCCCCUAAAGCAGCUCUAUGGCUAGAGAAAGGCAAGGAUCGUUACCAAGUCUGUGAGUUAUCGCAAGGAUGGCGACAGCAACCGCUUAACUUGUUCUUCGAAAAGAAACUCAACGUACGCUUAUUUGUGGUCGGCAACGCUUCCAUCUAUAUCUACGGUUAUCGUUUAAAAAGUACCGAGGAAGAAGAUUGUCUUAGCGCGGAAGAUGAAGAUUAUUCCUCCCCUGCUCCGAAUAACAACAGUCCCCUGGGAAAAUACUGUCACAUCAUUGAUACGACGUGUUAUACAAUAUCUGAUGACGAUGGUUCAAGUCUGGCUUCGGCAUCGUCCUUUGCAUCGUCUAAUUCAAAUUCAAAAUGUGGGUAUACGACUGAAUCGACACCUCGAUCGGUGUCGCUCGGCUCCUCAACAUCUAAUGAAAGUCCGGCCUGUUUAAACGUGAGUUAUCGCCCUUGUUGUUGCGUAUUCUUCCAGGAGGAGGACGUGACUUUCGCUUGUUUUCCUUUCUCUCUCCAAUACAAUUACCACAAUGCCGAUCAAUGCGUCUGUGUAGCCAUCACAUUACAACGUCCACCCGACCAUCACCCAACUGCAAAAGUUACAAACAUUACUACGUACACACGAAAGCGAAUAAAUAAGCAUCCGGCGUCGAUCCUCCUUGGGUUACAACAGUCUGUCUGUUCCUAUCUAUCUAUCUAUCUAUCUAUCUAUCUAUCUGUUCAUAUCUAUCUGCCGCGAUCUGUUCAUCUCUCUCUCUCUCUCUCUUUCUCUCUCUCUUUCUCUCUCUCUCUAUCUAUCUCUCUAUCUAUCUGUCUGUCUGUCUGUCUGUUUGUCAGUCUGUUUAUAUCUAUCUAUCAAUCUAUCUAUCUCUCUAUUUGCCUGUCUGUCUGUUCAUAUCUAUCUGUCUGUGUUAUAUAA